CUCCCCCAUUCCCUCUCGCCGAGCGUGCAUUCUGCCUUGGGGACGGCCGAGCCAUGGCAGCCCUGCUGAGAUCCGCCCGCUGGCUCCUCCGGGCCGGGGCGACCCCGCGCCUCCCGCUAUCCCUGCGCCUCCUGGCAGGUGGCGCGAGCCGGCUGCACGCCGCCCCUUUUCUGCCCGCCGCCCGCGCCGGGCCGGUCGCCGGAGGGCUGCUGAGCCAAGCCAGGCUAUAUGCCAUUGCUGUUGAGAAAAAGAAUUAUCUUCAAGAGGAGCCCUCCUCUCAUAGAAAGAAUGCCAGUCAAUUUGACUGGGCUCUAAUGAGACUGGAUAAUUCUGUCCGAAGAACUGGCCGCAUCCCAAAGACUCUUCUACAAAAAGUCUUUGAUAACACCUGUCACUCAGGGAGCCCAGGUGGUAAUCAAGCCUUGCUUCUCCUGCGCAGCUGUGGUUCUCUCUUGCCUGAACUACAGCUAUCAGAGAGAACCGAAUUUGCUCAUAGGAUAUGGGACAAACUUCAGAAAUUGGGUACUGUGUAUGAUGUAAGUCAUUAUAAUGCUUUACUUAAAGUCUAUCUUCAAAAUGAAUAUAAAUUUUCACCAACUGACUUCUUGGCAAAAAUGGAGGAAGCAAACAUUCAACCAAAUCGAGUGACAUACCAGAGGUUGAUCGCAGCUUAUUGUAAUGUAGGAGAUAUUGAAGGUGCCAGCAAGAUUCUUGGAUUUAUGAAAACUAAGGACCUGCCAAUCACGGAGGCAGUUUUCAGUGCUCUUGUUACAGGGCAUGCAAGAGCCGGAGAUAUAGAGAAUGCAGAAAAUAUUCUCACAGUGAUGAAAGAGGCUGGAAUUGAGCCUGGUCCAGACACAUACUUAGCAUUAUUGAAUGCAUAUGCUGAAAAGGGUGACAUUGAUCAUGUUAAGCAGACUCUGGAGAAGGUGAAGAAGUCUGAUCUUUACCUUAUGGACCGUGAUUUAUUGCAAAUUAUUUUUAGUUUCAGUAAAGCUGGGUAUUCUCAAUAUGUCCCAGAAAUUUUGGAAAAAAUUACAUAUGAAAGAAGAUAUAUUCCAGAUGCAAUGAACCUCAUUCUGCUUUUAGUCACUGAAAAAUUGGAAGAUACAGCAUUCCAAAUUUUAUUAGCAUGUCCUGUAUCAAGGGAAGACAAUCUGAAUGACUUUGGCAGUUUCUUUUUACGACACUGUGUGACUAUGAAUACGCCUGCAGAGAAGCUGAAAGAUUAUUGCAAGCAGUUAAAGGAAUCCCAGAUGCAUACAUCUCCUUUGCAGUUCACACUCCACUGCGCAUUACAAGCCAAUAAAACUGAUUUGGCAAAAGCUCUAAUGAAGGCUCUGAAGGAAGAAGGUUUUCCUGUCAGAACUCAUUAUUUCUGGCCAUUGCUAGCUGGACAUCAGAAGGAGAAAAAUGUUCAAGGUAUAAUUGAAGUUCUCAAAGCAAUGAAUGAAGUGGGAGUAAAUCCUGAUCAGGAGACCUAUAUAAAUUACGUGUUUCCAUCCUUUGAUAGCGUGAGGUCAGUUCGUGGGGUUUUGCAGGAAAAUGGAUGUCUACCUGAAAAUAAUGUAUUUUCACAAGCUGAAUUCAGAAGCGAAGCAGUUACUGGGAAUUUAUCCUAUGUUUUAUCAUUUUUGGAAUCGAAUACAUUGCCUUUCUCAUUUGCUUCUUUGAGAGGCAGCCUAAUUCUAGGCUUUAGGAGGUCUAUGGAUAUAAAUCUUUGGAGCAAGAUAACAGAACUGUUGUACAAGGAUGGACGUUAUUGCCAGGAGCCUCCAGGACCAACGGAAGCUGUUGGCUAUUUUCUUUAUAACUUGAUUGACAGCAUGAGUGACUCAGAGGUACAGGCCAAGGAGGAGCGUUUGAGACAAUACUUCCAUCAGCUGAAGGAGAUGAAUGUAAAAAUUCCUGAAAAUAUCUACAGAGGCAUUCGUAAUCUACUGGAUAGCUACCACGUUCCUGAAUUGAUUAAGGAUGUUAAUAUGUUGGUUGACAGAGAGAAGAUAGACUCUCGAAAAACUACACAGCUUACAUCAUCUGUUUUGGAGUCUACACUUGAAAAACUAAAAGCUGAAAAUCAACCUAUAGGAGAUGUCCUAAAACAACUCAUACUAGUGCUUUGUUCAGAAGAGAACAUGCAAAAAGCUCUUGAAUUGAAAGCAAAAUAUGAAUCGGACAUGGUUGUUGGUGGCUAUGCAGCUUUAAUAAAUUUGUGCUGUCGACAUGAUAAUGCAGAAGAUGCAUUGAACCUGAAACAAGAAUUUGACCGUUUAGAUCCAUCUGCUGUCCUUGACACCAGCAAGUAUGUAGGCCUUGUAAAAGUAUUGGGAAAACAUGGCAAGCUCCAAGAUGCUAUUAACAUUCUAAAGGAGAUGAAAGAGAAGGAUGUUCUUAUCAAAGAUGCAACAGUCUUGUCCUUUUUCCACAUCCUGAAUGGCGCAGCUUUAAGAGGUGAAACUGAAACAGUAAAACAGUUGCACAAAGCCAUCAUGACUCUGGGGUUAGCGAAACCAUCCACUGCCUUAAGUUCCCCACUGGUCACUCUGUAUCUGGAAAAGGAUGACUUAAGUGCCGCUCUUGAAGUCACCAUUGACUGCUAUGAAAAGUAUAAAGUAUUACCAAGGAUUCAUGAUGUCUUAUGUAAACUAAUAGAGAAAGGCGAGACUGAUCUAAUUCAGAAAGCAAUGAACUUUGUGAGCCAAGAACAAGGUGAAAUGACAAUGCUGUAUGAUCUCUUUUUCGCCUUCCUACAAACAGGAAAUUACAAAGAGGCCAAGAAGAUCAUUGAGACUCCAGGCAUUAGAGCUCGAUCUUCAAGACUUCAGUGGUUUUGUGAUAGAUGCAUUUCAAGUAAUCAGGUUGAAACUCUAGAAAAAUUAGUGGAGCUAACGCAGAAGCUAUUUGAAUGUGAUAGAGACCAGCUGUACUACAGUCUGCUAAAACUAUAUAAAAUAAAUGGUGACUGGCAAAGAGCUGAUGCUGUCUGGAAUAAAAUGCAAGAAGAAAAUAUUAUUCCUCGUGCAAAGACCUUAAGAUUAUUAGCAGAAAUCCUUAGAAACAAUAAUCAGGAGGUUCCAUUUGAUGUACCUGAGUUGUGGUAUGAGGAUGAAAAGCAUUCCCUGAGUUCAUCACCACCUUCACGUGAAGAAGCAAAUAUCCAGAAAGAUCUGUUGAAUGCCUGCCAACGAAAGAAAAGCAAAGAUGCAUAUAGUAUUUUCCUGAAAGCACACAAGCAAAACAUUGUGCUGAACAAUGAAACUUAUGGCAGUCUUAUAAAAUUACUUUUGGAGAAGGAUAGCUUCUUACAAGCAAUGCAAGUGAAAGAUGUCGCUGAGACCCACAUCAAGGGCUUCACACUGAACGAUGCUGCCAACAGCCUCCUCAUCAUAACGCAAGUUAGGCGGGAUUAUUUGAAAGAGGCUCUAAAAACGCUAAAAACCGCCUUAGAUCUGGAGCAAACACCUUCUAGGAUAGCAGUGACCCGCCUUAUUCAGGCAUGUGCCUUGAAGGGUGAUGUAGAAAGUAUACAGGAGAUUCAGAAGAUGGUAAAUGGACUUGAAGAUUCAAUUGGACUUUCAAAUAUGGUUUUCAUCAAUAACAUUGCUUUGGCACAAAUAAAGAACAAUAACAUAGAUGUUGCAAUUGAAAACAUUGAAAAUAUGCUUACUUCUGGAAAUGAAACCGUGAAACCCCAGUACUUUGGCUUGACAUACUUAUUCAGAAAAGUAAUAGAGGAGCAGUUGGAACCAGCAGUUGAAAAGAUAAGCAUCAUGGCAGAGAGACUGGCCAAUCAGUUUGCAGUUUACAAACCUGUCACUGAUCUUUUCCUUCAGCUUCUGGAUUCAGGCAAAGUGGAUGACGCCAGAGCUCUCCUACAGAGAUGUGGCGCGAUUGCUGAACAAACUGCAAUUUUCUUGGUGUUCUGCGUUAGGAGUUCUCGGAAACCAGGAAAGGCAUCAACUCUGAAAUCUUUGUUAGAAUUGAUUCCUGAAUUAAUUGAAAAGGAAGAAGCAUACACUUCUAUCAUGAAAAGCUAUGUCUUAGACAAGGAUGCUGCGUCUGCUAAAGCACUGUAUGAAAAUUUGACUGCAAGGAAUAUAAAAUUGAAUGAUCUGUUUCUAAAGCGUUACGCAGUUUUGCUGAAGAAUGCUGGUGAGCCUGUCCCUUUCACCGAACCCCCUGAAAGCUUCGAAUUUUAUGCAAAGCAGCUAAAGGAAUCAAGGGGAAAUCCUCUGUGAAAUAAGCAGUCACUACUUUAUUUUGUGUGUAUUUGUGGUUCAGUGUCUAAAAUGUUAUUUUUUAAAUAUAUUUGAGAGGACAGAAUAAAUAAAUGAAAAGUUA